CAAAAAGUACAACUUAGUACGACUUAGUGUAUCUUGAUCUAUAAUUAAUUGAAUCAAAAUGUACAACUUAGUAUAACUUAGUGUAUGUUGAUCUAUUUUACAGGAACCCGGGGAAGAAAUCGAAGCUAUGCAACCUCUAAAUAUGUACUUCGGUUCCGAGGAGUAUACAAAACCAUUUAAGAUUUCUGCGAAGUGUUAUAUCGCACAGACAGUGAGGCUAUUAGGGACUCUUCUAAAACCCGAUGAGUUGGAUUGGUUCCUCUUGCACCCCUAGUUCAAGCAUUUCUUCCAUAUGCCUAAAAACUCAAAUCAUAAGUUGAUGGGUAUGUGGAUGCUCUUGCUUCGUACAGCGUGUUUAGAGAAGAAAAAAGAAUGAUGGUUCAUUGUUAAUGGGGUCCCAAUCCGCUAUUCUCUCAGAAAAAUAGCACUCAUGUCUGGAUUAAACUGUCGAGAAUAUCCACCUUUCAUGGAAGGAUUGGGGAGUUUAGAAUUUGCUGGGAAGUACUUUGGGGUUGGUACAAUAGUAACAUAUGCAAAAGUCAAAGCGAAGCUGCUGUCAAUGAAGGAACCUGGGACAGACCGCUUGAAGAUGGCUUUGCUAUUCUUCCUAUCCAGCAUAAUCAUAGGGAAGAAAAAAGGAGGGCAGCAAGCACCCUCUAUAGAACCUUUCUUUCUUAGAGUGGUGGAUGAUCUUGACACAUGUAAGACAUUCCCUUGGGGUCGCUUAACGUUUGAUGAGAACAUGAAAGACAUCUUUCAUUUGAUGAACCACUUUGAUGGAGUUGUGGGGGCACCAUGGGUCUUUCCUAGUUUUGUAAUUCCUUUGGAGCUUCUUGCGUUUGAAGCAAUUUCUAUUUUGAAGAACACUUUCAGAGAAGAUGUUAGUAAUGUACGUGCAUACCGUAGGUGUCCUCGGAUGUGCAGGAUGAAAUAUAAACCCAGCAAAAUGAAAGGCUUUUCUUUGACAGAAAUUUAUGACUGUCUUGGUACAACUAAGGAGAUUCAUAGUAUCUUGCCUCCAUCUUCUCGUGAGACACAUCUUCUAGGCCGUAUCAUGGUAGCAGAUAAUGGAUGGAAAGAUGUGGAUGAUCCAAUAGCUGAUGGUUGGAGCAAGUGUUUAAUUGACCAAGAGAAUUCAAUAUUGUUUGAGGAUCUUUAUAACCAAGAUGUGGCUACCCAGGGAAUUGAGGUAGGUGAUGUGGAACUUGAUAAUGUGGAUUCGGAUGAUGUGGAACAUGUGGCUACGGAUGAUGUGGAACAUGAUAAUGUGGAUCAAGAUGAUGUGGCUCCAAAGAAUUUGGUUGAGCUAGGAGAUAUGUUUAUUCAACUAGAAGACCGGAUGAACUAAGGGUUUAAGGAAAUCAUGGAGAAGAUUGAUGGCUUGGAUGGCAGAGUAACAUCUGUGGAAUCUUAUGUGAACUGGUAAAGAGGUGCAGAACAAGUUUGUCCUACUUUUGAUGUAGAGAAGACACAAAAAGAAGCAACAGAGGUAGAGAUGAAAAUGACACAGGAAGUGCAAGCUGAGAAAGAGAAGGCUGAGAGGGAGAA